AUGCUGGGCGUCGUCGUUUGGUUUUCGGUGAUACCUACCGUGGUUUAUUGUUGGUCGGAUAAUUGGUUCGGUGAUUUGUUCAAUCCGAAGACUAAUCAAUUAGCCAAAGCUAAUGAUAAUCAGAGAAACAGUAGAUUUUUAUCCUUGUUUACGUACGUCCAGUACCAAAUUCCGGAAUGCAUGGACGGCGACGGAAACUACGGAACCUGCACAUCGCCUUCUGAAUGCAUCGCCCGAGGUGGUACCAUCAGCGGCGCCUGCGCCGGUGGAUACGGCGCUUGUUGUUUAUUUUUCGCCACGUGCGGUACGACCGUACGAGAAAACGGCACCUAUUUCGUCAACAACGAGUACCCGGAAGGGUACGACGGCACCGGAUCCUGCCAGGUGACGCUGCUCAAGUCCAAUCCGGACAUAUGCCAGUUCAGGCUGGACUUCGCCGAGUUGAACAUCAUGCAGCCCGACGCCCAGAAUCACAUCUGCAACAACGAUCAAUUCCUGGCGUCCGGGGGGAACCCAGCGCCGUGGACCGUCGUUUCCGAGAAAAUGGAAAAUUCGGAUACUGCAAAUACCGUGCAACCCGAACAGGGGUGCUUGCAGUACUUCACCGGAGUUUCCGGGCAAAUUCUGUCGUACAAUUACGAUCCGGUGGCGGGGGCGCAACUCUCCAAUCAGGAUUAUAGUAUUUGCGUACGGCCGGAAUGGAACUUUUGCGGCAUCCAGUACACCCAAUGUCCCAAUAACGAUCCCGGUAAGUACAUCUAA